AUGUCGCGCGACGAACCUGAUGGCUCCAAUGGCGCCCCGCCAGAACAGGCCGAGAGUGAGGAGAGGACGGCAUCAAAGGCCGGUCAGGAUGAACCAGUCUCUGGCUCGACGGCGCCUCCAAAACCAGGCAUUCUGGCGAGGCUGGGUCUUGAUUUGCCAACAAUCCUCAUGAUGAUCAAAGGCGCGAUUGCACCAACUAUUGCUAUAUCUAUCAGCCAAUCCACCGCGGUGGCCGAAUAUUUCACAACUCUGGGAUACCUUGUUGGGAUCCUGACAAUUAUCUCCGUCUCGAUUAUGCCUCGUGGGAAGUUUCUGCAGACAUUGGUUCUGAACAUCUUCUUCGCAUGCGCUGGCGCUGCGCUGGCUCUGCUCAUCAUGUGGUCCAGUCUACAAGCACGACUACACACUGAAUCCCGGCCGUUGAAUCCAGGCUCUGGACUUCCACCAUAUAACUCCAGUCAGUCAGCAGUCUCGGCAUUGUGGCUUUUCGUGUCGAUCUGGUUCGUCAACACAUUGCGUGCUAAGCAGCCCACGCUGAACGUGCCGGUCAUCGUGUUUUCUAUCUUUGCCAACAUCAGUGCGACAUACAGUCCCAUCAUGACGAGCAAUGUCGCUUUUGAGUCGCUGGUGAAGAGGCUGCUGACGGCAAUGCUCGCCGCAUUUGCCAUUGCCACCGCUUGCUCUCUGCUCAUCCUACCAGUACCGAGUCGGAAGGUCUCUUUUGGACAGAUCAAAGGCCUGAUCAUGUUGCUGCGUGGUGCGGUGAAGCAGGAAAAGGUCUAUAUGCAGAGCCUGGAAAGAGAGGACAUGUUCGCGAUACCUCACGACGUCAGCUCUUCAGUCGACGAGAAAACGCAGAAGAAGAAGAAAAAGUCCAAAGAGUCUGGGAACACAGAUCACAAUACUGCCGCAGAGGCGAAAGCUUUGAAAGCGACUGUUACUGCUAUUCGCGAGUUGGGGGGCAAAGUACAAGCCGACCUAGCGUUUGCAAAACGAGAUGUCUCCUGGGGCAAGAUGGAGGCUGCCGACCUGAGCCAGAUAUUCCUGCUGCUGCGCGCAUGCAUGGUCCCAGUCAUCGGCAUGAGCACUGUCAUCGACAUUUUCCAGCGUGUAGCUGAAAAACGACACUGGAUCACAGAUAACCAAACGCCUGCAGAGGUCGUAGCUGAAAAGAAUGAGGAGAAGAGAAUUUGGAACGAGGUCAUGAGGCAGCUCCACGAACCAUUCGAGACAUUAUCCGAGGCCAUUGAUCAAGGGCUCGAGCACGUUGGAAUCCUGCUUGAGAUCUUGCCGAGGCCGAAGGCCCAGAAGAAGAAAGACAGCCAGCGGAGCGGCUCGAUUGAUGUAGAGGCCACAGGAAACUUGAUCCAACCGGGAGACCCUGGUUUUGCCGAGGUGUUGGAGCAGAAGGUUAACCUUAUCAAGGACGUGAAAGGCAAGGUUCUCAAAGUCUGGGCAAAGGAACGCGGCCUGAUUAAAGAUGAGUUAUCCCAGGAUACCAUCGACCCAAACUGUUUGUCUGGCGAUGAUAUCAAGCAUCGAAGAGACCAGUCUCAACUCUUUCUUCUACUCUAUAUUGAGAGACUCAUGCAAGAGGCUGGAGAGGCCGUCCACAGUUUCGUGACAUAUGCGGACAAGAAAGUGAGCAGUGGCAGCAUGUCUAAGAACCGCUUGAUUGUGCCGAAGUACAACAGGCUCAAGAAGUGGGUUUCGAGUAUAUUUCAGGAGCAAGAUUCUUCGUCUGAGAACGCUGCCGACUUGUUCGACUCGAACAACAUUGUUUACGUUGGAGACGGAUUCUCCGCUAAGAAAGAUCCUGAACACUUGCCCGCGACCAACUUCAUCGAACACAUGGGCAAUGGACUUAGGUUGGUGAACAGAUUCUUCGGCUCUCAGCAGUCCCUUUUCGGACUCCGCGUCGCAUGCGCAACCAUGACUGUAGGAAUCGUCAAUUUUCUAGAGCCUACACAGGAGUUCUUUGUGAAGCAGAGGCUCGUCUGGGCCAUGAUUAUCAUUUCAAUCUCAAUGACUGAGACGUCCGGUCAGUCCAUCUUCGGCUUCUUCUGCCGAGUCGGUGGCACCUUUGCAGCCAUGGUACUUGCCUUGAUUGCUUGGUACAUUGUAGACGAGAAUGCCCCUGGAAUAAUCGUCUUUUAUUUCCUCUUCCUUGUCUUGAUACACUACUUCUUCAUCAAGUACCCGCAAUGGAUAUCAGCCUCGAUGAUUUGCAUGGUUACAAUCACUUUGAUCAUCGGCUACGAAUUGCAGGUCUUGAAGAUUGGCGUAAAGGUGUCCGAAUCAAACAAUCAGCCAUAUUAUCCUAUUUACGAGUUCGCGCCAUAUCGUCUCGCUACUGUAGCAGGCGGGUGCCUCGUAGCCUUUAUAUGGACCAUAUUCCCAUCACCAAUCACCGAUCGCACUUGGCUGCGGCGCGAUCUUGCCGCUACAAUGUAUCUCCUUGCGCACUACCUGGCUGCUAUCAACGAAACCCUGACCUCACGGCUUCAUGAUACAGGUGGGGAUCCUGAGGUCAAAUCAUCUCCAGCAUACAAGUUGGCAAAAACACGUCGCCGCCUAUUUGGCAAACUUCUCCUGAUCCUACCAUCGUUGAACCAACACGCCAACUUUCAACGCUUCGAGCCCACAAUAGGUGGCCGCUUUCCGCGUGAAACAUACCUGGACAUUAUCCAGCGCGCUACUCGGCUCACCUCAUAUCUGACCUUGAUAUCCCACACAGUGACCUGGUCUCCGAAUCCGUCGCCCGAGGAUAGGGUGUGGAUUAAUGCGUUGGCUGUCCUCCUGACUGAUAUCUCGACGACCCGCGACACGAUCAUAUGCAUCCUGGCAUUGUUAUCCAACUCUCUACAAUCGGGACGUCCUCUACCACCGAAUAUCCCGCUGCCCAAGCCAUAUGAACUCACCCGGCAGCUCGAGCACCUUCGCUUGCCCAACAGCGAGCCAGGGGCCCUCGGGCUCCUCGACGCUCGGAAUAUGUCCGAGAAUGGGUUCGCCGAAUUCGCCGUAUUGCAGGUGUGCAGCUCGCUUGUUUGUGAUGACUUGGACGGUCUAGUCAAGAGUGUUGGGCAGCUGGUCGGCGUUGUCGACUUCAGCUUCCGGGUUGAGGGUAGUGUGAGGAGUCUGAGGACAGGCACAACCACUGCAGCCGGCACUGAGAGUGAGGGCGAUGGCAAGGGGAAGGGCAAGGUAGACUAA